AUGUCUUUAAAUCGUUCUUCUACAGUCUACGAUGUGGAUGGUGGACGGGACCUUGACAUCUUUGACAUAAACGAAGAGGCAGGGUUAGACCUUAUGGAAGGAGACAUCGUGCUCGAUGGGAGACAAACUCGGAAUUCCUUGAUAGGGGAUGAGUACAGAUGGCCGAAGACAAUCCCAUACUACAUGGAAGAUGACCUCGAGAUCAAUGCUAAAGGUGUUAUUCACAAGGCCUUCGAGCAGUACCGACUCAAGAGCUGCAUCGACUUCAAGCCUUGGACUGGAGAAGCAAACUAUAUUUCCAUAUUCAAAGGAGGCGGCUGCUUUUCCUCUGUAGGUAACCGGAAAGUUGGAAAGCAGAGACUGUCAAUCGGGGCAGGCUGUGAUCGUAUUGCCACCAUUGAGCACGAGUUCCUUCACGCUUUGGGUUUCUGGCAUGAGCAGUCCAGAUCUGACCGUGACGAUUAUGUCGAAAUCAUGUGGGAUCGCAUCUCAGAGGGCAAAGAGCACAACUUUAACACCUACGACGACACCACCUCCAGCUCGCUUGGUGUUCCCUACGACUACGGCUCCAUGAUGCACUACAGUAAAAACGCCUUUCGCAACGGCACCGAGCCCACCAUCGUCACCAGGAUCCCGGCCUUCAGCGACGUUAUCGGCCAGAGGAUGGAGUUCAGUGACAGUGACCUGCUGAAGCUGCACCGCCUCUACAACUGCAGCCAGAGCUCCACCUUCCUGGAUUCAUGCGAUUUUGAGCGUGAGAACAUCUGCGGCAUGAUCCAGGGACCGGGGGACAAGGCCGACUGGGUUCGGGUUUCCAAAGUUACGGGCGGUCCUGAAACCGACUACUCUAACAUGGGCAAAUGCACCGGCUCUGGGUAUUUUAUGCACUUCAGCACCGGCACAGCCAGCGUUGGGGACAACAGCCUGCUGGAGAGCAGGAUCCUGUAUCCCAAAAGAGGUUACCAGUGUCUGCAGUUCUUCUACUACAACAGCGCUGGCGCCAGCGACACCCUGAAAAUCCACGUCAGGGAAUAUGAUGCAGCUAAUCCCAACGGAACACUGCGCUUUAUAACGACCAUAGAAGGAUCAACCCAGAAUCUGUGGGAUCUGCACCAUGUGAGUCUGGACGUCCAGAACAAGUUCCGUGUUGUCUUUGAAGGCACCAAAGUGGGCAGUGGACCCUCCACAGGAGGACUGUCCCUGGAUGAUAUCAACAUUUCUGAGACCACCUGUCCAGAGUUUAUAUGGCGGGUGAAAAACUUCCGUAAUGUUAUGGAAACCACUCCAAUGAAGACAUCGAUCGUUAGCCCUCCUUUUACCUCCAAAGAGGGUUACACCUUCCAGAUGCAACUGUACCCCAACGGUACCGACGGCUACCCCGGGCAGCUGUCAGCCUACGCUCACCUGGUGGCCCGCGAAGGCGACACGGGACAGGUAUGGCCAUGUCCCUGGAAACAGAUUACCAUGAUGCUCAUGGACCAAAACCCCCACAUCCAGAAGCGCAUGUCCAACCAGCGCAGCGUCACCACCGACCCCAGCAUGAAGAUAACAGACUCUGAACAGUUUUUCUGGGAUGAUCCUCGUAAGGUUGGUUUCGAGGUGGAAGACACAGAUGGGACCACGUAUUUCCGUGGGCCGGGCUCUGGGACAGCUGUGUACCUCACCCACCAGAGAGCCAAGAGCAGGGACUUUAUCAAGGGAGAAGAUGCCAUCUUCCUCCUCACUAUGGAGGACGUGUCCCACCUGACGGUGACCCAGCCUGUGCCGUCCACCACCCGGCCGACUGUUUCAUCCACCACCCGGCCGAUUGUUUCGUCCACCACCCCGUCCUCUGUUUCGUCCACCACCCCGCGUCCUGAAGCCUGCCUCGGCGUGACCUGUCAGAACGAGGGAGUCUGCAUGUUGGAUGAAGGCAAAGCUGUCUGCAGGUGUGUGGUGGGUGAAGACUGGUGGUACUACGGAAGCCGCUGUCAGUACAAGGGAUACCUCGAGGACCAAACGAUCAUCGCUGUGGCCUCCUCUCUGUCUGUGCUGGCAGCAAUGCUGGUGAUCACAGUGGUCACUGCCCUCUGCGUGAAGAAGAAGUAUAAGAAACGUGCUGCUCCUAAUUUCGUCAUGGAAAACAUGCAUACGAAGCCUUAA